AUGACCCGGAUCCCUUGUUGCAUACCCGGCUGCAAACGGAUCUUCAAGAACAAGUCAGGCCACACGCAGCACAUGCGCACUAUGCACCCCAAGCCUCUGCGCAGUCGUAGUACCUUCCAUCAAGCAGCUCCUCCCGCGCCACGCUCUCCAAGUCCUGGGCAUCAUCACUUUGAUGAUCUGCCUCUCCCGAAUGUAGAUGAUGCUCCAGAGAAUGUGGGAGAUGGAUUUAUGCCAGAAGAAGGCACUUGUGUGCAGCUGGGGCCGCUUUUCCGGGCAUUUCACCCUCGCCUUACAGGACUUAAGUGCGAUAUCAACGGCGACUUCAUCGAUCAGAAUGCACCUCCGACACCACGAACUGAAGCAUUGUCCACUGAUUGGACUCCGUACGAUAGUCGUGUUGGAUUCGAGACAGCCGAAUUUCUCUUCACACGCAACCAAAUGUCUGCAAGACAAAUUGACAGCCUUCUCGACCUUUGGGCAGCAACACUAAUCAAGCAUCAAGAUAGCCCUCCGUUUUCUGGCCACCGUGACCUUUAUGACACGAUCGAUGCGACUCCUUUGGGUGAGCUCGCCUGGGAGAGCUUUACGAUGUCCUAUAACGGCAUCAAACCAGCUGAGGAUGUACCUCCGUGGAUGACGGGCACAUAUGAAGUAUGGUUCCGUGAUCCGCGUCUCCUGGUACACAAUAUACUCGCUAAUCCUGAUUUCGACGGCGAAAUUGAAUAUGUCCCAUACCGCGACUACAACGACAACGAUCAACGUUGUUUUAAGAAUUUCUUCUCUGGUGAUUGGGCCUGGAACCAAGCGGACACCAUCACAGAGGAUCCAGAGUUGCACGGAUCAACGUUCGUGCCUCUCAUUGUUGGCAGCGACAAAACCACAGUUUCGGUGGCCACGGGGCACACUGAAUACCACCCUCUCUACCUUUCCAUCGGCAACAUUUUCAACAGUGUUCGGCGUGCACACCGCAACGGUGUUGUUUUAGCGGGGUUUUUGGCGAUUCCAAAAAGCACAAAGGAAUAUCUAGAGGAUCUCGACUUUCGUGAUUUCCGCCGGCAACUAUUCCAUUGCUCAAUUGCAAGGAUAUUCGAGUCCCUCAAGCCAAACAUGACGGUUCCCGACAUCGUACGCUGCCCUGAUGGCCACUAUCGGCGGGUGAUAUAUGGGUUAGGGCCAUAUAUAGCAGAUUAUCCGGAGCAAGUCCUACUUUCGGGAGUCGUUUCACGAUGGUGCCCAAAGUGUUUGAACCAUCGCAAAAAUCUUGAUGGUGACGGACCAUCUUUGCUCCGGUGCAGAGAGCACACCGACUUACUCGUUCAAGAGCUCGAUCACAAUAAGCUGUGGUUCGAAUACGGUAUUGUCGACCACGUUGUGCCGUUCACAAAUGAUUUUCCCAGAGCAGAUAUACAUGAACUUCUCGCCCCAGACCUCCUACAUCAAAUCAUCAAAGGCACCUUCAAGGAUCAUCUCGUCACUUGGGUAGGGCAGUACCUAGAGCACGUACACGGCGCCUCACGCGCAGCCGAAAUUCUCGAUGACAUCGAUCAACGGAUAGCCGCAGUUGCUCCUUUCGCAGGCUUGCGCCGCUUUCCUGAAGGGCGUGGAUUCAAUCAAUGGACAGGUGAUGAUUCGAAGGCUCUGAUGAAGGUCUAUCUGCCGGCCAUCAAAGGCCAUGUCCCUCAAGAUGUAGUUCGCACGUUUAGCGCAUUCCUCGACUUCUGUUACAUCGUCCGACGAGAGGUCCUUAUGGAGGAUGAUCUCGUGCAGCUUCAAGAUGCUCUCAACAAUUUCCACCAGUACCGUGAAGUGUUCAAGACGACAGGAGUUAUACUCACCUUCUCACUUCCCCGCCAACAUUCUAUGCAGCACUACUGCCUCAUGAUCCGGCGCUUUGGAGCUCCCAACGGCCUCUGCUCAUCAAUCACAGAGUCAAAACAUAUCAAGGCUGUCAAAGAGCCCUGGCGCCGCUCAAAUCGGUACAAGGCACUCGGACAAAUGCUUCUGACGAAUCAACGUCUCGACAAAAUAGCUGCUGCUCGAAGCGACUUCGAGGCUCGUGGUAUGCUUCAAGGGUCAUGUAUAUCAGAUGCUUUGCGCGGAGAAGCCGGUGAUAUCAUUGAUGGACCUACCAUUCAAGCUCAUGUAGACCUCGCAGCAAACCCUGUGUCAGGCGGUGCACGCGACGUUUCUGCACUUGCGCUCGAUCUCGAGCUUCCCACAUUCCCUACCAUGCUCCAACAGUUUCUUCAUGACCAAAUUCAUAUUGCGGACCCCGAACCUCCUGUAUUCGACCCUGCCACAGCACCAGUGUUCAUGGGCAGAGUCUCACUUUUCAGCUCGGCAGCAGCAUCAUUCUAUGCCCCCAGUGACCUCAGUGGCACUGGAGGCAUGCGACGCGAGCAGAUACGGGCAACGCACUCCUGGCGAGGGGGUCCUCCCAGGAAUGACUGCGUAUUCAUUAAUAUGAACGACAACCUUAACUGUGGUAUGGAAGGACUUGCCGUCGCCAGAGUACUACGCUUCUUUGCAUUCAAGUACCGGACGCAAUAUUUCCAAUGUGCUGCUGUUCGCUGGUUCUCAUACACUGCUAACGGUCGUGAUCCCGACACAGGAAUGUUCGUUGUCGUACCAUCGAUCAAUGACGACGAUACACCGGACAUCUCAAUCAUUCACAUUGAUUGUAUUGUCCGUGCAGCCCAUCUUAUCCCAGUCUAUGGCGCCAACUUUGUGUCUCGUGACAUCACCCUUCAUGACAGCUAUAAUGUCUUUCGUGCCUACUAUAUCAACAAGUACGCCGACCAUCACGCAUUUGAAGUAGCAUGAGAUCAUCCAUCCUCGAUUGGCGCCAUCAUCACCCAGUAUUCCAAAACACGAAACCACGCGUAUGGAGGAUGUACUGCCAUGUCGUACUGGCGCCAUCAUCACCCGGUAUCCCAAAACACGUACCAGCGCUCGUGUUUGCUUCACUACUAGUACACGCGACUAGGGACAUGCUUCCUUAAUAUCUUACUUAAAAAUAAAUCAAAAUCUCUCCUUUUUUCUCCUUGUGUCUACUUAGUACGAGUG